UAGAACACGUCACUUUUGAUUUUCCCAAUUCUUAAGCACAUAUUCACUGAACAUGGACUGUGGAAUAAUAAUAUUCUCUCUUUUUCUGGUGGCUGCUUCAGGACAACGGCUGCAACAGGACCAGAUUUUAAAGACUAGGAAAGAGAAACAGACUGUCUCCUUCAGCUGCAAAGUUACUGGUUCGUGUUGGGGUAACACAGUCCACUGGUACCAGAAGGGAGAGGGUGAACCCUUCUCUCGGAUUUUAUACAAUGUUAUUAAUUCCAAUUCUUUCACCCGUGAUAACACUCAUUCUCAGACAGCAGAUUUCUCUGCCGUGGGUAAGUCUGACUCCAGUGAGCUGAAGAUCCAGUCAGUUAAAGUGUCCCAUUCUGCCACCUACUACUGUGCCUGCUGGGACUCGUCAACCCACAGCUACCCUCACAGUGCAGACUACUUUUUGAGAAGGGAAUUUUCACUGUGUAGGCUCGAAUUUGGCUCUGGCACGACACUUUAUGUGACAGACGGCAAUACUCGAAAACCCAAAGUGACGGUGUACCCAGCGUCCAGCUCUGAGUCGAAUGGGAAGACCACCCUGCUAUGUCUGGCUAGAGACAUGUUUCCAGACUUGGUCAAGAUCUCAUGGAAGAUGGAGGAUGGAAUAACGGAGGUGCCCAAAGCAGAGAGGGAACAGCUGGAAAAGAGGGAGGAAGGACAGACGACCAGUAUGAUCAUCAUUGAUAAAGAGAAUACGUACAGGAACAAAUACAUCUGUUCUGUGGAGCAUGAAUUGGGCGCUCAACAUUUUGACAUCCCAAAAGAAGAUACUCCAACCACCAUGUCUUCACCAACCUGCCCGUUCAGAAAUGACAUGCAGGAGUAUGUCGAAGAUUCCUUCCAGUCAACGUUUAGUCUGAACCUGGCCUCUGUGGUUUACACAGUGAUGAUAGUGAAGAGCAUGGUGUACUGCUGUGGGCUCUCUCUCCUGCUGCACAACAGGAACCUGGGAAGAGGACCCAGCACCUGAAGACCUCUAUGAGGAAAAUCAUUUAUGCGCUUUUUUACAUUGAUACAAUGUUGUUGUUUUUUACAUUGAUACAGCUUGCAUGACAUUUUCCUUGCCUAACACAGCCUGCUCAAAUUAACCAAGUUGCUCAAAAUAACCAUAUUAUUUCAGAUGCGGAUGGAUUUAAUAAUCGCUGCCUUUGUGAACAAAAAGUUGCAACAACAAUGGUUCUGUAAAUGAUUGUAAAAAACAUUUUUACAGUUCCGUGCUGUUUUCUAUGAAUAAAGGUUACUUAAAACCCCCAAAACAUUGCAUCUCUUUACUAUAAGAUAAUCUUUUCAUAUUUGGGGAAAUGUUAUUUAAUUGAAUCUCAUCAGAAGCGGAAAAAUAAGAUCAUAAAUUCACCAAUUAUCUGUUUUCAACUUGUUUGCGUCAGUGUGCAUGUUCCCGGCGCAGAUGUUGAGCCUAGACUUAAUAGUGGUGAGAUAAUAUGGUUCAUGUUUCUUUGGUUUUCUAAGUACAUGUGAAACGGUAGUUACUGGAAACAAGAUAUAGCUAACUGCAUAACCACAGCUCGAGUGUGUGAUGAGUUGGUUAUCCAAAGCUGCUGGAUGAUUCAUUUUGCCUUGAUCUGUUUUUACCUCUAGUUGUGGGUUCGGCUCCUGCCAUCAAAUUGAAGAAUAUGACAGCGAUGGCAGACGAGUCCGUAAUGGUAGUUUAUGGUUCUUGCAUUUGUAGAAUUAGAGAUCUAUGGCAAACGAACGUUUUAUACUUUUGUUUAUGUGUACGUUUUACCUUGAAACAAUCAAAUUAAAUUAAAUCAAG